AUGAAGCGGGCGAGGCGGGCCGCGCCGGGCCCCCUGCCGGUGCUGGGGCUGCUCCUGCUGCUGGGCGCCCUGCCGGGGCUCUGGACGGUGCUGCUGCGACGGGAGGCGGCGGCGGCGCAGCGGGAGCCGGAUCCGGAGCCGCGCCCGCCCGCGGGGCCGCCCCCGGGGCGGUGGGGCUGGGGCCGCUCCCCGGCGGCGCGGAGCGAGCCCGGCGGCGGUGGGCAGAAAACUUUCCGGGCGCUGCUGGCGGUGCCGGCGGCGGGCCGGGAGGAGCGGGGCGGCGAAGGGCGGUUCGCUGCGGCCCCCUCGCCGCCGCCGGCCGCCGCCGCCUCUCCGGUGGAGCGGGGCAUCUUCUGGAGCCGUGAGCUGGAGGAGCAGGUGCCGCCGGGCUUCGCGGCGGAGGAGGCGGCGGCGUGGCUGUCGGCCGCCCGCACCGCCCGCGUGGCCUCGCUGGAGCGGGGCGGCUGCGGGCGCAGCUCCAACCGGCUGGCGCGGCUGUCGGACGGGAGCCGCGCCUGCGUCCGCUACGGCAUCAACCCCGAGCAGAUCCAGGGCGAGGCGCUCUCAUACCACCUGGCCGGGGUGCUGGGCAUGCAGGAGCGGCUGCCGCCCAUGGCCCUCGCCCUGGUGGAGGCCCGCGGGCGGCAGUGGGAGCCGGUGCGGGAGGAGCUGCGCGGCUCGCACUGGGCCGAGGGCGCCGUGGUCAGCCUGACCCGCUGGGUGGACAACCUCACCGCCGUGGUGGCUCCCGCGCCCUGGGGCGCCGAGGCGGGCGCCGGCCGGCGGCUGCAGCCACUGUCGGCAGGGGAGCUGGGCGGCCUGCCGCCGUCGCAGCUCGUGGAGCUGGUGCAGUGGAGCGACCUGAUCCUCUUCGACUACCUGACGGCCAACUUCGACCGCCUGGUCAGCAACCUCUUCAGCCUGCAGUGGGACCCGCGGGUGAUGCACCGCGCCACCAGCAACCUGCUCCGCGCCCCUGAUGGCGGGCUCGUCUUCAUGGACAACGAGGCGGGGCUGGUGCACGGCUACCGCCUUCUCGCCAUGUGGGACCCCUACAACGAACCGCUGCUCCGCUCCGUCUGCGUCUUCCGCGAGGGCACGGCGCGUCGCGUCGCCGAGCUGCACCGCCGCCGCAGUGCCGCCGCCGAGCUGCGCCGCCGUUACCGGGCGCGGGAGCCGCUCUGGGCGCGCCUCGGCUUCCUCUCGGAGCGGCAGGCCGAGCUGCUGCAGGCCCGCGUCGACUUCGUGCACCGCCAUAUCGCCCACUGCCGCGCACAGGCCGCCGUGCUCUGACGGCCCCGGGGCGGGCGGAUAGUGGCGGCCAGAGCCGGCUCCCCGCACCGCUCCGGUUUUUCUUCCCUCCGAGGGAGCGGGACUUACUUGCCCCGGCGGCCGCCGAAGUCUGGGGCGGACCCUCCCGGCAGCUCGGUGCCCGGUGCCCCGUAACCGCCGCGACUGCCGCCUCU